AGGGCGGCGAGCGGAGCGGACGCUUUUUUCUCGUCCUCCUCCUCCUCCUCCUCCUCCUCCUCCUCUUCUUCCUCCUCCUCGGUUCCUCGCCCGACAUGGCGGUGGACGCCAGGCGGUUGGAGGCCCUGAGCCUUCACCAGCUCCACGAGCUCCUGGAAGAUGAGGAGCAGCUCCAGAACAUGGCCCUGGAGAUGGAGGAGGCCCAAAAUGUUCAGCUUAGCAAAGAUAUGACUCUCGCCAGCAACCACAGUCUAGCAGAAGGAAAUCUCUUAUACCAGCCAAAAUUAGAUGCCCUGAAAGCCACAUUAACCCAAAAGUAUCAAGAGCUGCAGGUUCUCUUCGAAGCGUAUCAGAUAAAGAAAACCAAGCUAGACAGACAAUCCAAUAAUGCUUCGCUGGAGACCCUCCUCGCACUUCUUCAGACAGAAGGGGCCAAAAUUGAAGAAGACACCGAGAACAUGGCCGAGAAGUUUCUAGAUGGCGACAUCCCUCUGGACACCUUCAUUGACGAAUAUCAGAGUCAGAGGAAAUUAGCUCACCUGCGGCGGGUCAAAAUAGAAAAACUCCAAGAGGUGGUCCUGAAAGGACCCCGACGGCCCCCGGUCCCCCCUCCGCCGGUGCUUCAGACUUCAGAGGCCAACACGCCUCCUUCGGUUAUGCCUCGCCGUAACCCUCCCCCUCCCCCUCCGGUGUCCGUGGUCCCAGCAGGACAUUUCCCAACGCCCUUUAUGGCUCCCGUGGGCCACAAUCCGUAUCUAUAUCCUCCUCUCCCCCCGAGGACGGGGGCUCCGCCACCGCCAGGCCAAGGGCCGUCGCCGGGUUACCCGAACCCGUUUCUAGCUCUGUACCCCUCCACGCCGCCUCAGAGGCCCCCGCCUCGCCUUCCUUCCAACCCCGGUUUUAUCAUGGAAUGAAAACGCCAUCACGUCUUGACUCUUCUUGUACACUGGUGCUGACCUUUACGAGAUCCUUAAAAGCUGGAAACCCAAGCGAAGUCGUCGGUGGGGGAGAAAUCAACGGGGGCUCCGCGCACAAAGGAAACCGUCGACGGAUCCUGCAAAGACCACCGGUUUUGAUCCUUUUUUAAAAAUUUUAUUUUUUAAUUUAAAGAGAGAAUCGGCGUCUCCGUCCAGACCUCCCGACAAAGACGUCAAACCAGUGUAGAAUUGGUGAAAAUGCUUCCAUUUGUAGACUUGCCUUGUUCUUCCGAGGAAGAUUCCAGCCAUCGUGGCACAAAGGCCACAAAUCCCAGGAAAUCUUAAGUUUUUUGUUUUUUUAUUCCUUAAUUUGGGGGGGAGGGGAAAAAAAAAGCAAUUCCAGAAAGGAAAACCUCAUUCUAAACCCCCGGACGGUAGCUUUCGAAUAUAUACAUAUAUAUGUUCUGCGAACAGACUCGGCACCGAAAUGGCAAUAAAAAAAAUGACUCAUCGUUGAGGGAACAAACCCCGUUUAGGGACUAGCGAGAUGGUGGUUCUGAGUUAGCAAAUUUUUGUGUUAGCCGCAGUUGUGGUGGGUGGGUGGGAGUUUGUUUCCCCAUUAAUAUAAUCCGAUCCAUUCGAGCAGCAGGCUGCCAAUUUUCAGUGGGCAGCGAAGGGAAAAAAGCAGUUAUUUGUACCCGUGAAAACCUCAGGAUGUCAAAAACCAGCAAAUGGGGAUUUAAAUCCCUGCUCUUGAGGGUAAAUCAGGAAUAUUCAAUCCGUGCCACUGGAGCAAAUACUGCCCUUCUGCUUCUCUUCACCCUUCAUCCGUUUACAACUUCUGGCUUGCGAUGAGGGUGGUGUAUCUCUCAUAUAUUUUCCUAACAGGGUUCUAGAAAAUCUUGGCUUUUAAUGUAUCUGUGUCUCGGGGAAACACGUGAACCCAGAAAUACUCACGGGUCCAAGCAUGACCUAAUGCUUGUCUCUUAUCUUAGCCGAUUAGUUCCUCCAGCUUUAUAUGCCCCAUUCCUUAAUCCUAAACCAAAGUUAUCCUAUACCUGGAAACCUCGUGUCUAUUUCAGAUUGGAGCAAAAAAAUGUCUCUUCCCCCUUCCUUCCUUCCUUCCUUCCUUCCUUCCUUCCUUUUUUCUUCUUCUUACAAAACUUUUGUAUGCUUUUCAGAAAAUACGCUUUUCUUAAAAAAAAAAAAUCAAAGUAAAAGGAUUGGUUUUUUUUAAAACCGAAAAUUAGAUACACGACCCUGUGUGAAAACAAUUCACAUGUUCAGAAAAACAGGUUGAAAGCAUUUCCUAAAUCACCGGAGCAUCUUAACAGUAUCUCUGGGCUGAGUUAUACAUGAGGCCUGUUUCUUAAAUAGGUUGGUGGGGUUUAUUUAUUUAUUUUUUUGUCUCUGUCAUCCAACACUUCUCUGAAAUCGGUGCUGCCACAAUCAUGUUUGCAAAGAAAUUAAAAAAAAGGGGCUGCUUCGCACUGAAAGGUAUUUGAAGGGAGUGAUAAUGAGGGGUGUGAGAAACACCAGAGUGUGAAGUUGUGAGAACGCUGUAUCCAUUAUCAGAUUCGAUUCUCUUGCCGGUUUGACUUUCAGCUGAUGUGGAAUGUCCUUUCAUUUAUCUUUCUGGAAGAACGCAGAGGCCUUGAUGCAUCCAAUUCCAGCUUCUUCUCUUUUUCUUUCCUCCUGCUUGUUUCGUUCUGUCACUUCUUCGGAGACUCUUAAUUCAUGUCCCCUUCAUGCUGACCCAAGCUAAUUUACCAUGUUUACUUAACUAUAUACCCUGGCCUAUCGCAUCAUAUCCCUGCUCUUCGGAGUUACUUUUCCUAAGCAAUUCCAGAAUAACUUUUGGAGCAAAAGGAUCUGUUUUUAAGCCAUAAGCUUAGGUCGAAAGCUUAAACAAAAAAAUUGGGUUAUACUCCUUUGGUCGUUAAUCAAGCCAAUCUACACUUGUAGGUCAUCUGUAGAAUGCCACUUAGAGGGCAGGAUUCCUUCUCUUGGGGGCUAGAACGAUCCUUCUGAAUUCAAAAUUUUGAGAGAUGAUCAUUGCCGAGACCGGUCAAUCCAAACCAGCCAGACUUAACCUGCUCUGUGACUUAAUUCCACCCCCUGAAGAUGUGAGCAGUUAUAAAACAAAACGGAACAAAUAAGACCAAGAGGAAAGCAUUUUUAUUCCUUAAAAAGACAGCAGAGGUACGCAAGUAUCGCUUGGCAUUUUGUACCCAUGUGAUUCUGUACACCGUACCCCUCGCUCUGUUUCUCUCCGACGCGAACUGAGCUUCCGAUACCCCAGCUUGUUAAAUGGCUCUGCAAAUGGAUUCACUCCAGAGAGCCUUGUCCCUUUCUGCACAAAGUUGCUGCUUGCAGGGCAAGCCCUCGGAGGCGCUGGGGUGCCCCAAGAGACAUCUAAUGAUGGAAAAAAAACCCCACUUGCACGAUCUGCCCUCCUCCGAGGGAAUCAUAAACUUCAAGAACCGUUUUCGGGUGCGUCUCAACCAGUCGAGUGCGCUUGAGCUGAUGAGUCAAUCCAUCUGCCGUUUGGGGGCACGGGAUGACUUGUGAAACUCUCGGAGUCCUGGCAGUUAAAAGUUGCAAAGAUGAGUCUCGAUGCCAAUUGCAUUUGUCUUUCAGGGUGUCACACAAUCACGUUACUUUAAAAAAAAAAAAAAAAAGAACAGGGCUUAAGGCACCCAUUUUAUAGCAUUUCUUGGUUGUGACUUCCCACCUCUUCCAUUUUUCUUUUUUUUUUAAUUGAGGAAAAGUGUGCCUCUCGGAGUCUUUUCUUUGAUGUGUCUUUUAUUCUUCCAGCAUUGCAGAUUUGCAACAUCAUUGGGUGUUUCUCCAAUGUUAGGAGAGCGGCUUUAGUUUUUAAGGAAGUUUCUUGUUGGCCAACGUUGCGUAGCUGAUGCAGCAAAAUACAUUUAUAGACAACUGGUCAGGUUCCAGGAGUUCUCAGGUACUUAACGUCUCAAGGAUCACACACGCUCCAUUCCAGAUUUUGCACAUCAGCAGUGAGAAUAUCUGAAUUCCCCAAGAAAAGGAGAAUUGGGCCCAUGUAUGAAUUUUACAGAGCCCUGUCUUGCUCUCUGAAAUGACACUGAUCAUCAUGUUCCUGUUAAGACACAGUUUCUUUUCCCCCGUGUACUGAUCACUUAUUUUCCAAACAAUAUAAUCAUUGUGCAGAGACACUUUUCAGUAGAGGCUGCUACAGCUGUGACGCACCUAGAUUUUGUACGGUGCGUUGCGCUGGGUGUGAAGGGCUAACCUCUGUGCCUUAGAACCACCGCAUAGAGUUUUGUCAGGAAGAAAUUCCUUUUAAAAAUUCCUUUUACGGUUCCUCUUUUUUCACGUGUCGAGAGUUUGGAAGGAAAAGGGCGACGGUGUCCAUUGUCUAUGGUAGGAAAGGCAGAUCUUGGGUGUUUGCUGAAAGGUUUUGUUUUAUCAGGGAAAGAAAAGUUUGGUCUCGUGGCAGGAGUUUUUCCAGCCGGCUGGCAGAUCUAGAGGAAAAGCCAUGUUAAAUCGGAGUUGCAAUCUUGUGGCCGUGCAAAACUAAACAACAAUAAUAAUAAUUGGAGCUUGGUGGAGAUUGAAACUGGCGAAGGUCAUUGUUAAUUGUAGGUAUUCCGGCUUGCAUGGAAUUAAAGUCAAAGGGCUGGUUGAAAAAUAUGGUUAGGAGAGGAAUGGAUCUUCAGCUUUUGCACGGUGAUAGACCAGAAAAGGCUACUGAACAGAAUCUGCGAGUUUUGGAGGAAAAAAAAUGGAAACCUCCAAACCUCAGCUGAGAUCCCCUACUCACUAAAGUAGGAGUGAUGCAGAGAUGGGAUGCUACCUCUAUUUCUUGCUCCGUAAGUUUACACCAAUGGUUAGCCACCUCUUGCAGGUACUCAAGGUGCGAUGGACAGAAGAAUCAAGCAGAAUUUUCUCCAGUGGUCAGUUCGGUUUAGGGAACCGAUUAAGUCAGUAGCAGUGGGGUCAUAACCUUUCCCUGUAGUACUUCAGCCUUGCCACUUCCAGGACCCUGAGGAUGGCUUAAGCUACCUUCAAAGACAUUUGUUCUUCACCCAGAAUCAGGCACGCUGCUUCCGGAAAGCAAGAGUUUUCAACAGCUUAAAAUGCAGAACGAUUUCGAUUUCCUCUUCGCGCUCAGGGUGGAACGUUUCUCGCUCGCUUUUGAUAAAAGAGGGUUUGCAGUAGUUUUGUUUACACGAGACACGUUUUUAAAACGGCCCUUAAAUAAAAUAAAAAAUAAUAGCCAACCGCAUUUGAAGCAUAAGAAGCCAUGUUUCCCCCCCAAACGGUGGAAAAUAACUGCAAUUGUGGAAAAUAGCUGCAAUUUUAUACCGUGGUCUUAAUCGCCCUUUUUUUUCUUUCUCUCUCUCUACAAAAGUAUGCAACUAGAGAGGGAAAUUUGUGACGGUGUGGAAUGUCACAGUAAACUGGCCUGACCGGGUUUUUUUUCUUGAUUAGCAUUUGAAUUGUGGAAAAGCCUCUAGCAAAUGUUGCUGGUUAGCUUUCAUUCUGCCCAGCAGCAGAUCUGCAGAUCAGUUUACUGUUUAUUUUUUUUUUUGGUAGGUAUGCAAGUAAGGCCAGUUUUUAAGUCUGAAUUAGGUUAUUUCUGUCCUAGGAAAGGAGGCGGAAGAGAAAGGUCAUUUAAGGCAAUUUGAUAAUCCUGCAGCGGGACAGUUUUCCAGUGCUUUGGGGCCUCAAACCAGUGGUUUAGCAUGUUAUUCUGGAACAAGCCAGUCCUAAACUACCAUGUGAUGCCCGUCGUCUUCAAAUGUGCCUAAGAUGCCGACAGACUUCCUUGCUUUCUGGGGCGACUCCUAAUGUAUCACACCUGUUCAACUUCGUUGUACAACUUUGAUUGUGGUCUCGAGGGAAGAGACCGACAGCUGUUCCUUUUUCUUGUAGAAUUUGCUGUUUUAUAGAAAUAAAUUUUUUGGAGUUGCAGUGAUUAUUCAUUAAAAAAGAAUGCUAAAUUUUUGUACAAA